AUGUCGCCUCUGCCCUCAACAAUGAAAGUGGUCCACCAGCCGGACCCCAAGUCCGUCCACCUGGUCCUCGACGACGGCCCACUGCCCACGCUUUCCCAUCCCGAAGAUUGCCUGAUUCGCAUAUACACCGCCUCACCAUGUCUCGGUGAGCUGCACUGGGAGGAGAACUUCCCGUCCCUCUUCGAGCCCGGCCGCGAGAGGGUCCCGUGUACCGAGGCGGCUGGCGUCAUCGUCCAGGCCCCGCCUCCCUCCUCCUCCUCCGUUGCCACGUGCAACCAGCGUCCCUUCAAGCCAGGCGACCACGUCUUCUUCCGCGUCGAGCCGUCCAUGACGGGUAACUUGCGACAGUACUCCGUGGCCCGCACCUCGCAACUGGCGCACAAGCCUAGCAACCUAGGCUGGGUGGAGGCCGGCGCCACGCCUCUGAGCGCGCUGACGGCCUGGCAGGGCAUCUUUGACCAGAGCGCUCUGGACCCCCGCGGCUUGUUUGGCGAUGUGGGCGCUCGCCGGGCCAACGCGAGCCUCCGCGUCCUCGUCACGGGCGCGUCGGGCGUGGUUGGUGGAUGGGCGGUCCAGUUGGCAGCCCUCGCCGGCGCUGGUGCCGUCGUAGCGUACGCGGGGGGCAGGUCGUCGGCCGAGCAUGUCAGGGGGCUUGGCGCCACCGAGGUCAUUGACUAUAAAGAACAAAGCUUAACGGAGUGGGUGGCGCAGGACCCUGAGGGGCGGGCCGUAGACGCGAUUCUGGACUGCGUCGGUGGCGUCACCCUGGGUUCCUGCUGGCACGCGGUCAAGGACGGCGGGUUCUUGCUCAGCGUCGCAAGUGAUCCGGCGCAAGUAAAACCAGAGGACGUGGGAGAAAAAAAAUUGUCCGCUUCAAAAUGGUUCCUCGUGGAACCCAAGGGAAGCCAGCUCGCUCAGAUUGCGACACUAAUGGAACAAGGCAAAUGCGUCACCAAAGUGGACAGCGCGGUGGAUUUCGAAGACUUUCAGACGGCCUUUGAUAAGGUAGAGCAAAAGACGGCCAAGGGAAAAGUUGUCAUCAAGGUUUCGCAGUUGAACGGCAAGUGA